AUGCAGAGGGGGAGGGCGAGAAACGGGGGGAGGGAGGGAGGGGGAGAGAAAGGGAGGAGGGAGAGAAACGGGGGGAGGGAGGGAGAGAAACGGGGGGAGGGAGGGGGAGAGAAAGGGAGGAGGGAGAAGAAACGGGGGGAGGGAGGGAGAGAAACGGGGGGAGUAGGGGGAGAGAAACGGAGGGAGGGGGAGAAGGAGGGAGGGAGAGAAAACGGAGGGGGAGAGGGAGGGAGGGAGGGGGGGAGAAAACGGAGGAAGGAGGGAGGGAGGGAGGGGGGGGGAGAAAGGAGGGAGGCGGGGGAAAAACGGACGGAGGGAGAGGGAGAAAGGGAGGGGGGGGAGAACAGGACGGAGGAGGAGAGAAGGAGGGGGGGAGAAAGCUUACUUAAUGGGGGGGAGAAACGGAGGGAGGGAGGAGGAGUGGGGGAGAAACGAAGGGGGGGGGGAGGGACGGAAGGGAGGGAAAGGGGGGGGAGAAACGGAGGAGGGGCGGGAGGAGGGGAGAACGACGAGGGAGGGGGGAGAUGGGGGGGGGACCGAAACGGAGGGAGGGAGGGGGAGAAACCGGAGGGUAGGGAGGGGGGGAACGGACGGGGGAGAAAGGGGGGGGGAGAAACGGAGGGAGGGAGGGGGGAGAAACGGACGGGGGAGAAACGGAGGGAGGGGGGGAGAUGGAGGGGGGGGGAGAAAGAAGAAACGGAGGGAGGGGAGGGGGGAGAAACGGACGGGGGAGAAACGGAGGGAGGGGGGGAGAUGGGAGGGAGGGAGGGAGAGAAAACGGAGGGAGGGAGCGACUCUGGAGAGAAACGAGGGAUGGGAGGAGAGAGAAAACGGAGGGAGGGAGCGAGGGAGAGAAACGGAGGGAGGGAGAGAAACGGAGGGAGGGAGCGAGGGAGAGAAACGGAGGGAGGGGGAGAGAAACGUACGGGGGAGAGAGCGAGGGAGAGAAACGGAGGGAGGGAGAGCAGAGUGAGGCAGAGACAUGUAAACCCCCCCCCCCCCAGUCAGUCACUUUCUCUUCCUUGUUUUCCUGGGCUCCCACACUCUUAACUGCCUCUUUUGCCAACAUGCGUACAGUACCCUUAACCUUUUUCCCUUCACUCCUUCAUCUGCUCUCUUUCAUCUUCUUGUGAGUCACUCUUCAGUUCCCCACCUCACACUUUCUCUCCCUCUGUCCUGUUUUGCUUGUCAGUGUGGAUUUGAGCUGCUAGCAGAGACAAACACCCUCAGUCAGUGUCAGGAACAGCCUCAUUAGCUGAGGGCUGGGGUGAAUAUGUAGAUUAACAGAUCAACAUUAUUGGCCAGUAUCAAGUUAUGCUCACAGUUGUGUUUUUCUAUGAGGUAUCCUUGGGUCAAAGGCUCUUUCUCCUUUAAUGGGAAUCUGAAAAGCAUUGUCUGGAUUUGAGGGAGGUGUUGCGUAUGCCUAACAGAAUGUUUUGUUUCCCUCUUUCAGUCUCACUCUGAGUCCAAGGCAGGCGGGCGUCCCAAUAUGCCGCGAUGCCGGAAUUCUGUCGCCACGACGGCAGACGAGCAGCCACACAUUGGCAACUACCGGCUGCUAAAGACCAUUGGCAAGGGCAACUUUGCCAAGGUUAAACUGGCCCGGCAUGUCCUUACAGGGAAAGAGGUGAGGAUAAACCAAGUCCAAGCAUUGGAUUUACUGACUAGGAUGUUUUGAUCUUCUGUUGGAUGUGGUUUUAUCAUUGUGUGUCCAAUGUUGGCAGUGCAGGAUCCUACUUCACUUGACCCAUAUCACUUAACAUUCUGAUCUCUUUAGCAUGGAUCAUUAUGGAUCAGUGUGUUGUGAACAUGUAACUGCCAGUUGUUUAAUAUGCUACUUUCGUGCCAUGAUUGUUGGGAGUGGGGCAGCACAUGGAGAAACAAAACAGAGCGCAGUAGAGUGGGGAAAAGUCCUCAUUCAGCUCUUUCCACUGGCGGGGUGGUGUAGCCUAAGUCUGCGAUUCUACUCAUGUCUAACGUCAUUGAUUUUUCUCCUAUAAAAGGUGGCUGUGAAAAUCAUAGACAAAACGCAGCUCAACUCUUCCAGUCUCCAAAAGGUGAGUGCAAGUAGAUUCUGUGUUAAUGCCAUGCGGUUGUUAUCUUGAUUUGUGUUCGGAUAGACUUUUUAUUUCUGAAAUAGAAAAAAUAAAGCUAAAAUCAAUGUAGAUGGCAGUUCCUUCCGAAGGACUUAGGGCAGGAUAUGGGGGUAAUUACAUGAAAUUAGACCCAAGUACUUCCUGUGGAGGGGGUUUGGGUGGGGUGCCAGUACUUUCCUCAGAAAUACAGUCUAUGCAUGAAGACUCCCACACAGUGAUUUGCACAUAGAUAUAGUUUUGGAGUAUAUGAGUAAAAAUGAUAUAGAAUAAACUGACUGUUUCAUAUACCUCGACUAACCUGUGUACCGGUACCCCCUGUAUAUAGCCUCGCUACUUUUAUUUUACUGCUGCUCUUUAACUGCAUUGGUUAAGGGCUUGUAAGUAAGCAUUUUCACUGUAAGGUCUACACCUGUUGUAUUCGGCGCAUGUGACAAAUAACAUUUGAUUUGAUAUAAACUGAUUGAUCCUCUGUUAAUGUCUUGUCUAUUUGUUCUGCUGUCUAUAGCUGUUUCGUGAAGUGAGGAUCAUGAAGUUACUGAAUCAUCCAAAUAUCGGUGAGCUUUGUGCUGCCCUCCUUUUAAGUUUCUCAUCAAUCCCCAACCAAAUGUGUUCCGCCUGCUUAUUGGUGCCUUCUUGUGUAGAGGUCUGUCUUAGAAUAUUGAGCAUAUACUAUGAAAUUGACAGUUAAGUUGUGAUGGGUGUUGUCCAGGACUGGGCGGUGUACCGUAUUUUACCAGUAUUGAUGGACGGACCGUUUUGGGUUUUUACUUUACCUUCUAUAACAGUAUUUGAAUGUUUGGUUUGUUAAAUGUGAUAGCCGUGUGUAACUUAAAUUUUUAUAGUUUACUUAACUACUUGAGUCAUCUCUCUCCCUCUCUCUCGCUCCAUAAAACAUAAAAUAUAAUCAAAUACCGUCAUACCGUCCAAUUAAAAAAAUAAAAUACGGUGAUAUGAUAUUUUGCCAAUAUUGCUCAGCUCUAGUGUUGUCUUGAUGGAAUUGAACUGACCUUUCCUCUCUCUUUUCCUUUGUUUUUCUCCUACUUGUCUUUUUUCCUCUAGUUAAGUUAUUUGAAGUGAUUGAGACUGAGAAGACACUGUACUUGAUCAUGGAGUAUGCCAGUGGAGGUGAGCGAAGGCACAAGACACUCCGUUCAACAACUCAACCUGAAAUUCUGUUUUCAGCCUCUGUAAUAACAUCAAUGCUGAGUCCCAGUUCUGUCUCGCUCUAUUCACAUGCACUCUGUUCCUCACUUGUCCUUUCAUCCCCUUUUGUGUCUCCACUGCUUUCUUCUUCCUUCAACACUCCCCUACGUUCUGUCUCUGUCUCCCCCCUCCAUCCCCCUCAUCAGGUGAGGUGUUUGAUUACCUUGUUGCUCACGGGAGAAUGAAAGAGAAAGAGGCCAGAGCCAAAUUUAGACAGGUGAGACUGUCUGCUGGUUUCUUUCCUGUUUUUGACACCGUUUUGACAAUGUUAUUGACGAUACUGUUUAAAAGGGAAUUGUCAUCCUAGCUGUUGCUCCUUCUCUUGCUACAGAUAGUUUCAGCAGUACAGUACUGCCACCAGAAGUGCAUUGUACACAGAGACCUAAAGGUGAGGAUAGACAAGAAAAGGAAUUGUUUUGAGGAAAAGGAUGGCUCCAUUUCAAAGUGACAGAUCAAGAUCAUUUCAUUAUGAGGUACAUGUUGGAUGUGUUUAAAAGAAUGUUACAGAAACUUGUAUCAAUAAUAAAUGCUCUCUUUCUCUCUCCAGGCAGAGAACCUACUCCUAGAUGCUGACAUGAACAUCAAGAUCGCAGACUUUGGUUUCAGUAAUGAGUUCACCAUGGGGAACAAGCUGGACACGUUCUGUGGCUCCCCGCCCUAUGCCGCUCCGGAGCUGUUCCAGGGGAAGAAGUAUGACGGGCCCGAGGUGGACGUCUGGAGCCUGGGGGUCAUCCUCUACACACUGGUCAGCGGCUCUCUGCCCUUCGACGGGCAGAACCUCAAGGUGGGCAGGGAACUGUGAAAGAGGAAGGGCUACAUGGAAAACAAUUGAUGUUCUUGAAUACCUAGCUAACCACACUCUUAUCCUUGUCUUUUGUGCUUGUCUUCCCUUUAGGAGCUGCGUGAACGGGUUUUGCGGGGGAAGUAUAGGAUUCCCUUCUACAUGUCCACAGACUGCGAGAACCUGCUGAAGAAGUUCCUCAUUCUCAACCCAACCAAGAGGGGCAGCCUGGAGGUUAAUAGUACUUCAUCUACCCACUGCUAUUUCCUCCACUGGAUACAAACACUGUGUAGACAACUAUAAUGCUACUGUUAGUGCUUUGUUUCCCAUCCCCAUGUCUCUGUCCUCCCUCUUCUCUCUCUGCUUGUGUCCAGCAGCAGAUCAUGAAGGACCGCUGGAUGAAUGUAGGUCAUGAGGAGGAGGAGCUGAAGCCCUUCAUCGAGCCCCAGCCAGACUAUAAGGAUCCCAAGAGGACAGGUCAGCACCCCGACCGAGCGGGGGGGUGGAAGAGAGGUGGGGCAGGCGUCUGGUGGAUGAGCUGGUUGUAGCAGAUGGGUUACUGGGGCGGGGGUUAGAGGUCACACUAAUUGGGUGAAGGAUCCUCUAUCUGAAGGUGCAGAAUCUUUCCAGUCUUAUUUUACGUGCCGUCUUAAGCCAAAAUUACACGGAGACGCCAUCAAAUGCAUGAAAUUUGCGUGCGAACUUCGAUUCACAUACACUGCAAAGCGUAUGCCGACAUAAUUGUCAUGAAAAUCCUUUAAAAAUUGUAUAUGUUCGCUAUGUAGCCCCUGGAAGUUAUUGUUGCAAGUUCCUUUUGACUCACCUUAUGUCCUACAGGAGCCACCAUACCUGGGCUAAACAGUUGUUGUUUUGCUAGCUUCAAGAGGAUGUUGUAGCUAAUAAACCCGUGCCGUUUAUAAACAAAGUCACGUUAUUUCUACAUAAACAGUUCUCUCUUGAAAUGGGAGUCCUUGAGUUUUGCAGCUGUAGCCUGCCUAGGCUAUAUGCCUAUGAUCGAAAUCAACACAGGUAGGUGGCAAUUGUUUUCAAAUAUUUAGCCUAUUUGACUGACAAACCUUAGCUUACACCCCAGUACAUUUUAAACUACAUCUUUAGUCAACUUAGCAUAUGGAAGAUCAUAACAAUUCCUCUAAUUUCUUUUUUUACAAACGACACACUCAAUUUAUCUGCAUUGCUCUGCGUAGACGCUAGAAAAAUACUUGCUUUCUAAUUUGAUGCUCGCGGCCCGUCUAUUUUCUCUCAUAUGCGUUCUAUUUCCAGCGUCGCACUUAAAAAAAACGCGUCUCGUUUGAAUUGAGCGUUAGUCUCUGUUACGUAACGUGCCCUUCGCUGUGUUGGCAUGUGCCUACAUGUUUAGUCAAACUAAAUGCUAGACUUUUUGUUAGAUGUCUUGUCCUUGUUUGCUACCUUCAUUUAUUAAAUGAUAUCCCUGUACGAUAUAACUGUUUUGUCCGUAUAACCAUGUGCCUGUAUAUGUGUUUGUUAGAGAACUAGUGACCUGUUCCUUUCUAGUAUGUUAGACAUGUUAAGUAGUCUCUGAUAUGCCCCUGUCUACAAUGUACUUCUGUCCUUGAAAGGUUGACAUUUUUCUCCAUUCUGUCCAGAUAUCAUGUUGCAGAUGGGCUACUCUGCAGAGGAGAUUCAGGACUCGCUGGUCAACCAAAAAUACAAUGAAGUCAUGGCCACAUAUCUAUUACUGGAUUACAGGAACACGGAGGUACAGUGUAUACACUCACAUCUGUAGGAGCGAACGGUGUCCUACUCCUGCCAUGGUAAUAUUGAUGACCAUCCCUCUUCUCUCUCAGAUGGACGAAUGUAUCAGUCUGUCAAUGAAAUCCCGCCCAGGAAGUGACCUCACAAACAGCAAUGCCCAGUCUCCUUCUCACAAGGUACAGCGCAGUACCUCAUCCAAUCUGAAGCCCCGGAGAGCAACAGAUGCAGGUAGGAAGCUGUUUGCGUUGACGAGGGUACUGCAAAUGUACUACUGUUUUUGAGACCUACUCUUAUUUUGGUCUCAUUCUGUCCGUCUUUGCGUUUCUGUCCCACCCUUUCAUUUUUACAUUUACAUCAUUUAGCAGACGCUCUUAUCCAGAGCGACUUACAGUUAGUGAGUGCAUACAUUUUCAUACUGGCCCCCUGUGGGAAACGAACCCACAACCCUGGCGUUGCAAGCGCCAUGCUCUACCAACUGAGCUACAGGGGACUACAGUCUUUCCUUCUGUUCUUGUUCUUCUUCCCAGGUUCUUCUGCUUCCAAGCGUUCCCAGGGCGACAACAAGCACACAGUAGAGGAUUAUGGGAGGAAAGGUUCUGGCACUGGCAGCGCCACUAAAGUCCCUCCCAGUCCUUUAGCCACAACGGAUCGUAAGAGGAGCACUCCAACCCCCUCCAUAGUGAGUAGACUUAUUCUUCUACAUGCCUGCCACUCUAGGGUUGAUGGCAUGUACACUACUCUACCUAACAUCUCCUCAAUCGGUCAUACAGAACAGCAUCCUGUCCACUGGUACGAGUCGCAGUCGAAACUCGCCAGUCCCUGAGAGGGCUACACUUGGGGUCCAGAACGGGAAGGACAGGUACACACAAGCGCGCACAUGAACACACGCUCACAUGGCCGUGGAGCUCUGUUUUUGGAGCUAGUUGCGUGUCUAGAUGGCCGUGUUUACAAGCAGUGGUCAGCUGGCAAUCAAUUAAACACAUGGCAGCUGGCAGCCAGCAUGUGAGAUGGAGUCCCGGUGUACAUACAGUCACACAUUCACACGGGAGCAGAGAUUUUAAAUCUUUGAGUAUGUAUUAGUGACACCUGCAAUAUUUUAUGAAGGACUCAGUAUGUACUCAAGGCCAGCUUACUCACUCACACAGUAACACACUGCAACUGUAAACAACUCAAACAAUAAUAAUUUCUUGGAACUCUAGCUCACACACACAAACAUGGCAAGAUGAGUUUGCUAAUGCUGACAAUUAUUUUAUAUUUGACAUUUGUACAAUUUUAUUACCAUACCCUUCACUGUGAAAUGUUGUUUAGAAUACAGCAGAGUAGAAAGCUAGGUUUAGGUGUAGAACCAGGGGCCUCAGACACACUGACACUUAACAGUAUUAAACACAUUGACCCUGAUAAUCAGAUCCCACUCCUUAAUCUGGGAUUUGUGACGCUGGCUGCUCUUGUAUGCAGGUUACUUCCAGGCACAAAAAGGGAAAAAUGCAGAGGGAAAGUGUUUAAAGAACACGUUCUGUGUGGGAGAGAGGCGGAGCAGCGGUGACUCAGACAUGUUUGCUUUAAAGAGAUGAUUAGAGGGCAAACUGACAGUGGUCAGCUCUAGCGCUACUGGUAGAACAAGUCACUAGCACACAUUCUCCAGACACAACAGCCGUUUGACAAAAAUGUUAGUCAAAUAUGCCUUUUUCAUUUAGUAGAGUUUUCUAACUUUUCACAUUUUUGCCAUUGUAAUGCAUUUUAUACCUUUAUGCAUUUUAAAGCAAUUUUUCCAUUCCUCAAACUUAUGUUCUGUCCUGACAGUUUCUCCCUCUAUUUCCAUCUCUUCCUUUGCUGCAAGAUUUUUUGCGGUGUAAUGGUUCCCAGAAAUAAUGCAGUCUGUCAUUAAACUCCCCUAAUGAAAGCUCAGUGUUUCCCCUAUAUUCAUUUAGCAGCUGCCACCUCUCGCAAAACAAAAUUGUAUUUUUUAUAUAUCAUUCUUGGGACGGUGAAACGUUUUCAGUCUAAACUUAAAACGACUAAAACCAGAUAUAAAGUAUGUACACUGAACAAAAAUAUAAACUCAACAUGUAACGUGUUGGUCCCAUGUGUCAUGAGCUGAAGAUCCCAGAAAUGUUCCAUAUGCACAAAAAGCUUAUUUCUCUCAAAUUCUGUGCACAAAUUUAUUUACAUCCCUGUUAGUGAGCAUUUCUCCGUUGCCAAGAUAAUCCAUCCACCUGACAGGUGUGGCAUAUCAAGAAGAUUAUUAAACAGCAUGAUCAUUACACAGGUGCACCUUGUGCUGGGGACAAUAAAAGGCCACUCUAAAAUGUGCAAAUUUGUCAAACACAAUGCCACAGAUGUCUCAAGUUUUGAGGGAGCGUGCAAUUGGCAUGCUGACUGCAGGAAUGUCCAACAUAGCUGUUGCCAGACAAUUUAAUGUUCAUUUCUCUACCAUAAGCCGCAUCCAACGUCGUUUUAGAGAAUUUGGCAGUAUGCCCAACCGGCCUCGCAACCGCAGACCACGGUAUGGCAUUGUGUGGGCAAGUGGUUUGUCAACGUUGUGAACAGUGUUCCCAUGGUGGAGGUGGGGUUACGGUAUGGGCAGGCAUAAGCUACAGACAUUGAACACCGUUGCAUUUUAUCGAUGGCAAUUUGAAUGCACAGAGAUACCGUGACGCAAUCCUGAGGCCCAUUGUCGUGCCAUUCAUCCGCCGCCAUCACCUCAUGUUUCAGAAUGAUAAUGCACGGCCCCAUGUCGGAAGAAUCUGUACACAAUUCCUGGAAGCUGAAAAUGUCCCAGUUAUUCCAUGGCCUGCAUACUCACCAGACAUGUCACCCAUUGUGCAUGGUUGGGAUGCUCUGGAUUGACGUGUACGACAGCAUGUUCCAGGUCCCGCCAAUAUCCAGCAACUUUGCACAGCCAUUGAAGAGGAGUGGGACAACAUUCCACAGGCCGGGGCCUCCCGAGUGGCGCAGCAUCGCAGUGCUAGAGGCGUCACUACAGAUCCGGGUUCGGUCCUGGCUGUGUCGCAGCCAGCCGCGACUGGGAGACCCAUGAGGCGGAGCACAAUUGGCCCUGCGUCAUCUGGGUUAGGGUAGGGUUUGGCCGGCCGGGAUGUGCUUGUCCCAUCGUGGCUCCUGUUGCGGGCUGGGCGCAUGCACGCUGACACGGUCGCCAGUUGGACGGUGUUUCCUCCGACACAUUGGUGCGGCUAGCUUCCAGGUUAAGUGAGCAGUGUGUCAAGAAGCAAUGCGGCUUGGCAGGGUCGUGUUUUGGAGGACGCAUGGCUCUCGACCUUCGCCUCUCCCGAGUCCGUACAGGAGUUGCAGCGAUGGGACAAGACUAACUACCAAUUGGAUAUCAUGAAAAAUUGGUAAAAAGUGCAAAAAAACAACAUUCCACAGGCCACAAUCUGAUCAACUCUAUGCCAAGGAGAUGUUGCGCUUCGUGAGGUGGUCACCAGAUACUGACUGGUUUUUGGAUCCACGCCCCUACUUUUUUUUAAAAGUAUCUGUGUCCAAUGCAUAUCUGUGUAUUCCCAGUCAUGUGAAAUCCAUAGAUUAGGGCCUAAUUAAUUUUUUAUUAACUAUAACUCAGUAAAAUCUUAAAUUGUGGCAUGUUGAGUUUAUUUUUGUUCAGUAUAGAAAAGAUAAUGCAGCUAUACAUUUUUAAAUAAGAUCAACUUUGAGAACUAACACCCACCAAAAUAAAAACUAGACAGUCGGGGAGCAUUCCAAAAAUGUCAUGGCAUGGGGGCCUCCAUUGAUUUUGUUAUAAUGUUCGAGUCACUCCGAUAGCAUUAGAACACAGCAUAAACCAUGGCAAAAUUUGUUGAAUUACAGGAAACUAGCUUUAAAUCUACAUCUACAACCGCUGCUCAAAAAACUCCUAGGGGAAACACUGAAGCUGUUAUGUUUAGUCAUCCAAUACAAAUCUGCAUUAUUUGAGAUGCUGUGUUGUCUGUGAUGUUGAUGUGCUUCAGUGUGUUGUUUUCCUCCCCCUCAGUGUCCCUGCUUCCUCCCCAGUUCUAACCUUGUUACCCCAUGGCCCUCUUCCACCCCUCACGGGGGACGGUCUGCACUGGGUUUAUUCAUUUCUCUCCCCCAGCCUGACCACCCCAGGGUCCCGUGCCUCCACAGCCUCGGCAGCUGCUGUCCUCUCCUCCUCCCACCCCCGACAUCACAAGUCCUUGUCCACCUCUGCCCACCCCAGCCCCCCAGACAUCCAUGCACACCGGCCCAGGCAAGUGGCACCAGGGAGGGGAACACAAGGACAGCCACUCUGCCGGAGGGAGAGUAGAGUGGAAAUGAAAGGUUUUGGGUUAGAUGGUUCCUGGUUGCAGUUCUCAGCAUUGGGUAUCCAACAUCAGUAAAAUUGGUAGAAAAAUAUCAAAUGUAGGGAUUAAAAGGGUAGCAAUAUUGCUGUCGAAAAGGCAACCCACUUUUCUAUGUCACUUUCCCCCACCCCCUGAAACACUCACCCUACAAGCACCCUGCCUCUUUGUGAAAUACCUUUCUCCCCACCACCACUGUCCUUAUCCAACCAGUCCUACCACUAAUCUUCCACUAGAAAGCCAGAUCCUGUCAACCCGUGGCUCCUGUGUACCUGCAAACCCUCAGUUACACAUUACACGCCAUCACAGUUUUAACUUGGCCCGUCCAGUGCCAUUAUGUUUUUGGCUGCAGUGAGCCUGAACCCUUUCAGCUCCUGGCUUGUGUGCAGUGCUGUGCAUGUCAUGUAAUCCCUUUUAAUACGUUCUGCAACUCCCCGUCCCCAUCACAAUUUGACAUCUCAUGGGCCAUGCACAUUGUUCCAACAUUUAUUAUUAUUAUUUUUAAACACAUUUCUUAAUGAACUAGCUGGGAUGUCAUUCACAUGUCAAUUGGGUUACGUGUAAUCCACUAUCACUGAAUAGUCACAGCUCAUACUGUAGAGCUAAAAUGAGCUGUAAGUGAAAUUCUACUGUUUUCUCAAUUGAAAGGAUGUUAUAACCUCUGCCAAUAUGAUAAUGUGUGUGGUCCAUGACAUAAAUCAACAGUAUCACAGCUCCAUGCCCCUUCCCCACCCUUUCCUCUUUGUAGCGAUGCCGCAUCUGUUGUCCUGUUAGUGGUCCUCUGUAGCUCAGCUGGUAGAGCACGGCGCUUGUAACGCCAAGGUAGUGGGUUCGAUCCCCGGGACCACCCAUACACAAAAAUGUAUGCACGCAUGACUGUAAGUCGCUUUGGAUAAAAGCGUCUGCUAAAUGGCAUAUUUAUUUUAUUUUAUUUAUGCUGAUUGUGUGAUUCAUGCCGUGUGCCUAUGAUUUAACACUCAACAAGGCUUCACUGGCCUCACAUUCCAAGUCUGUGGUUUAUACCUGCUGCCCAUGGUGGGUCACCAGGCUGUAAUUGCUUUCUUGGCAAGAUGUCACUUUACUAGACUUCAUCAUGGUGGAUUUUGCUGAGUGGAUGGCACCACAGUUGGGGUGCAUGUUGUAGACCAAUAGAAAUUCAUUUUUUUACACAUUUGCUUUUGCAAACUGCUUAAUCAGGCUUACUUACAACUGUGGCAUUUGUAUAGAAAUGUUAUGCUUUUCAUUCACUCAACUUUUGAAGCGCAGUUAUGUUUUUAUCAUCAAUUCUUUGUGGCAAAUGGCUUCAGCAGUUGGAAGACUUUUGAUGUGCAUGGUCAUAAUGAAAUGUAUUAAUGUCUCUCCUCUCUCUACUCACAAAACGAUCAAAACAGCACCGCCUCUCAGAGAGUACCAGUGGCGUCUCCUUCUGCCCACAACAUCGGCAGUUCAACAGCGACGGACCGUUCCAACUUCCCCAGAAAUGUGACCAGCCGCAGCACUUUCAGUGCCGGCCAGCAGAGGGUGGCACGGGACCAGCAUACCUCCACUUAUAAUGGUCCCCCAUCAUCCCCUUCCCUCUCCUACGGGAACAGCCAGGCCCGAAGAGCCGGGGGCACUGGUAUCUUCAGCAAGUUCACCUCUAAAUUUGUGCGCAGGUGAGAGAAUGGGGGAAUGGGAAUCUUAGAUGUGUGAUGGGGAAGAUGAUUAGUGUUGAAUCCAAUGAUGUGAUUUUCUGUUAUGCUGAUCACGUCCUGGUGUUGAACGUCUUGUCAUAAGUGAAUUACAGUUAGGUAUUCAUGUUGGGUAUUCAUGUUUGUGCAGUGUGACCUUUGAUCUUUGGACUGUUUGUUAUUAGCUUUUGUGUGUCCCUGUGUCUGUCCCUGUGAUGGGUUUUUUGUCUGGCCAUAAAGUUACUGUGCACGCAAUGCGCUUGACUACAAGUACUCCCCUCUUUCAGGUUAGGUUGGUUUGGAGCAGUGCAUAUUUCUGUGGCUAUGGUCAGUUACCACAUAGUUGGAGCAGAUAGGGAAGUUACUCUGUGUGGGAAUAUCUUGAAAUACAAUUUGGAAUAUCCUGCUAAAGUUUAAUUGUUCAAUGAUAAAUUGUACAACACCAGGAAUUAAAACCGUAUAAAUAUAACAUAAUUGGCAUGCAUGUCUCCCAUCCAGUGCUAACGUUAAUCCUAAUCUGAGUCCAUUGUUCAUGUAACUGCUCUGCCCCUAACAUCCUGAAUACUAUGGUAACGUCAGGCUACAGUAACAGCCAUUUAGUGACAACCUGUUUGGCCGAAGCAGCUCACCACCUGAGGGACACCAGGGGAGUAUUUUAAUGUAUUUGAGUUGACUGACAUGCACAUGACAUGUAUAACAGAUUGGCUGUGGUUUGUUUUGCACAUGUUUGUGUACAUAGUUUUUUUUUAUUUUUCUUCCCCCUCCCCUUUUUUGUAGAAAUCUCACAUUCAGAUUCCCCAGAAGGUAGGCAAAAAUAACCACAUACUUGAGUCUUUCUCAACUAUUACCUUGUGUCCUAUCUAUCCUCUGUGAGGCUAUCAUUUUAUGUGUCAUGACCCUUAAAAAAAUAAAAAAUAAUAUAUAUAUACACAUACAUACAUACAGUGGGGAGAACAAGUAUUUGAUACACUGCUGAUUUUGCAGGUUUUCCUACUUACAAAGCAUGUAGAGGUAUGUAAUUUUUAUCAUAGGUACACUUCAACGGUGAGAGACAGAAUCUAAAACAAAAAUCCAGAAAAUCACAUUGUAUGAUUUUUAAGUAAUUAAUUUGCAUUUUAUUGCAUGACAUAAGUAUUUGAUACAUCAGAAAAGCAGAACUUAAUAUUUGGUACAGAAACCUUUGUUUGCAAUUACAGAGAUCACACUGCAGCAGGGAUUUUGGCCCACUCCUCCAUACAGACCUUCUCCAGAUCCUUCAGGUUUCGGGGCUGUCGCUGGGCAAUACGGACUUUCAGCUCCCUCCAAAGAUUUUCUAUUGGGUUCAGGUCUGGAGACUGGCUAGGCCACUCCAGGACCUUGAGAUGCUUUUUACGGAGCCACUCCUUAGUUGCCCUGGCUGUGUGUUUCGGGUCGUUGUCAUGCUGGAAGAUCCAGCCACGACCCAUCUUCAAUGCUCUUACUUAGGGAAGGAGGUUGUUGGCCAAGAUCUCGCGAUACAUGGCCCCAUCCAUCCUCCCCUCAAUACGGUGCAGUCGUCCUGUCCCCUUUGCAGAAAAGCAUCCCCAAAGAAUGAUGUUUCCACCUCCAUGCUUCACGGUUGGGAUGGUGUUCUUGGGGUUGUACUCAUCCUUCUUCUUCCUCCAAACACGGUGAGUGGAGUUUAGACCAAAAAGCUCUCUUUUUGUCUCAUCAGACCACAUGACCUUCUCCCAUUCCUCCUCUGGAUCAUCCAGAUGGUCAUUGGCAAACUUCAGACGGGCCUGGACAUGCGCUGGCUUGAGCAGGGGGACCUUGCGUGCGCUGCAGGAUUUUAAUCCAUGACGGCGUAGUGUGUUACUAAUGGUUUUCUUUGAGACUGUGGUCCCAGCUCUCUUCAGGUCAUUGAUCAGGUCCUGCUGUGUAGUUCUGGGCUGAUCCCUCACCUUCCUCAUGAUCAUUGAUGCCCCACGAGGUGAGAUCUUGCAUGGAGCCCCAGACUGAGGGUGAUUGACCGUCAUCUUGAACUUCUUCCAUUUUCUAAUAAUUGCGCCAACAGUUGUUGCCUUCUCACCAAGCUGCUUGCCUAUUGUCCUGUAGCCCAUCCCAGCCUUGUGCAGGUCUACAAUUUUAUCCCUGAUGUCCUUACACAGCUCUCUGGUCUUGGCCAUUGUGGAGAGGUUGGAGUCUGUUUGAUUGAGUGUGUGGACAGGUGUCUUUUAUACAGGUAACGAGUUCAAACAGGUGCAGUUAAUACAGGUAAAGUGGAGAACAGGAGGGCUUCUUAAAGAAAAACUAACAGGUCUGUGAGAGCCCAGAAUUCUUACUGGUUGGUAGGUGAUCAAAUACUUAUGUCAUGCAAUAAAAUGCAAAUUAAUUACUUAAAAAUCAUACAAUGUGAUUUUCUGGAUUUCUGGAUUUUAGAUUCCGUCUCUCACAGUUGAAGUGUACCUAUGAUAAAAAUUACAGACCUCUACAUGCUUUGUAAGUAGGAAAACCUGCAAAAUCGGCAGUGUAUCAAAUACUUGUUCUCCCCACUGUGUGUGUGUGUGUGUGUAUAUAUAUGUAUGUAUGUAUAUAUGUAUGUGUAUAUAUAUAUACAUACAGUACCAGUCAAAAGUUUGGACACACCUACUCAUUCAAGGGUUAUUCUUUAUUUUUACAUUGUAGAAUAAUAGUGAAGCCAUCAAAACUAUGAAAUAACACAUAUGGAAUCAUGUAGUAACCAAAAAAGUGUUAAACAAAUCAAAAUAUAUUUUAUAUUAGAGAUUCUUAAAAUAGCCAACCUUUGCCUUGAUGACAGCUUUGCACACGCUUGGCAUUCUCUCAACCAGCUUCACCUGGAAUGCUUUUCCAACAGUCUUGAAGAAGUUCCCACAUAUGCUGAGCACGUGUUGGCUGCUUUUCCUUAACUCUCAAUUGGGUUGAGGUCUGGGGAUUGUGGAGGCCAGGUCAUCUGAUGCAGCACUCCAUCACUCUCCUUCUUGGUAUAAUAGCCCUUACAUACCCUGGAGGUGUGUUGGGUCAUUGUCCUGUUGAAAAACAAAUGAUAGUCCCACUAAGCCCAAACCAGAUGGGAUGGCGUAUCGCUGUAGAAUGCUGUGGUAGCCAAGCUGGUGAAGUGUGCCUUGAAUUCUAAAUAAAUCACAGACAGUGUCAUCAGCAAAGCACCCCCAUACCAUAAUACCUCCUCCGUGCUUUACGGUGGGAACUACACAUGCGGAGAUCAUCCGUUCACCCACACAGCGUCUCACAAAGACACAGUGGUUUGAACCAAAAAUCUCAAAUUUGGGCUCCAGACCAAAUAAUAAAUGUCCACCUGUCUAAUGUCCAUUGCUCAUGUUUCUUGGCCCAAGCAAGUCUCUUCUUCUUAUUGGUGUCCUUUAGUAGUGGUUUCUUUGCAGCAAUUCGACCAUGAAGGCCUGAUUCACGCAGUCUCCUCUGAACAGUUGAUGUUGAGAUGUGUCUGUUACUUGAACUCUGAAGCAUUUGGGCUGCAAUCUGAGGUGCAGUUAACUCUAAUGAACUUAUCUGCAGCAGAGGUAACUCUGGGUCUUCCAUUCCUGUGGCGGUCCUCAUGAGAGCCAGUUUCGUCAUAGCGCUUGAUGGUUUUUGCGACUGCACUUGAAGAAACGUUCAAAGUUCUUGACAUUUUCCGUAUUGACUGACCUUCAUGUCUUAAAGUAAUGAUGGACUGUCGUUUCUCUUUGCUUAUUUUAGCUGUUCUUGCCAUAAUAUGGACUUGGUCUUUUACCAAAUAGGGCUAACUUCUGUAUACCACCCCUACCUUGUCACAACACAACUGAUUGGCUCAAAUGCAUUAAGAAGGAAAUAAAUUCCAUAAAUUAACUUUUAAGAAGGCACACCUGUUAAUUGAAAUUCAUUCCAGGUGACUACCUCAUGAAGCUGGUUGAGAGAAUGCCAAGAGUGUGCAAAGCUGGCAACAAGGCAAAGGGUGGCUAUUUUGAAGAAUCUCAGAUAUGAAAUAUAUUUUGAUUUAACACUAUUUUUUUAUUACAACAUUAUUCCAUUUGUUAUUUCAUGGUUUGGAUGUCUUCACUAUUAUUCUACAAUGUAAAAAUGAAGAAAAACCCUUGAAUGAGUAGGUUUGUCCAACCUUUUGACUGGUAGAGUGUGUGUAUAUAUAUAUAUAUAUAUAUAUAUUUUUUUUUGGAAACAAUUUGCCAUUUAUACUAACGCGCCCUGCUCUCUCCAUUGCCUGAUUCACCCUCGUCUGCUGCUCGGCUCUCUUCAUCCCUUUCUGCUUUCUCUCAUCCCCGUCUCCUUUUUGACUCAGUUGUUAUGGAAUAUCGUCCUCUGGGUCCUUGGCCGAGUCAAUAGAAAACCCUCUGUGCAGCCCAGUCUGUGGCCAUGCUACCCAGUGUGCAGAAAGCUUAGAACAGAGAAAUGGUACCAGUCUAUUUCGCUAACAUUCCAUUCUUUGUACUCCGUGUUAUAUGCCAAACCAUGACAAGGAGUGGAAUCAUAGCAGGGUUUUUUUCAGGACCAAAAGGGGCUUAGGUGGUGGGCGUGGCAGGGGGCAUGGCAGGGAGUGCGAUCGGCCCAUCGGCGUGGCUGAAUUUUUAGCGGCCCCCCCAUCUUGGCGGUGUAGAGCCAUUUUAUUAAUUUUUUAAGGACAUUACCUGCAAUUCUACAUAUUCUCCCAUGGAGCUGAGAAAAAGUUGCAGUUUUAAAGCUAAUUUCCUGCAAUCUAUGCAUUUUUCCAUGUGUUCUUUUGCUCAAACAUAACAAUCUAUAUUACUAAAUUCAUUGUUUUGGGAAUUUUAUUUUGGUGAUUGUUAGUUCUCAAAGACUAUAUUAUUAAAGAAUAUAUAGGUCAUUAUCUUUUCUACAUUAUAUCUGGUUUUAGUUGUUGUAUAAGUUUACACUGAAACCGUUUUUCCAUCCUGAAAAUUAAUUUUGGUGACCUGAAAAAAACGCUUAGCCCAAGGAUUUCAUUUUGAUAAUUUACUUAUGAAGCUUGUAUUUGGAAUUUAUUUCAAAUUAAUUAUUACAUAAUCAAAAUGUGUUGUAGCCUUAAUAAAUAGACAAGUUAUUGCCUUUUUUUUAUUUAUUUUUUUAUGCAAAGAAAUAGUUUCAACGGUAUUGAAAAACCAUCCCGUGGCUAUUUCCAAAUACCCCGGUCUGUGGUAUACUGCCCAAGCCUAGUGGAAAGUGUGGAGGAGUGAGUCAGAGAGGGGGCAGUGGAGUGUUUGUUGUUGGCAAUGUAACGUCACUGUGGUAUUUUGGGGGGGAUAUCUCAUGCCUUUCUUUCUCUGGUCUGAUACCAGACCACUGUCCUGGCUGCAUUGCAGUUUGUACUUAAUAACCUCAUAUUUUCAGCAACGUUCUGCUGUUUCUUUUUCAUAUUUUUUUAACCUUGGCUUAUCUGCUAAUGCUUAGAGGUUGUUUUUUUCUAUUUUGAAUGAGUUGACCGAAGAGUCAUUAGAGACAUCUAUUUCUUGGCUCUAAUAUGAUAUUCUCAGUGACAAAGAUGUCCGUUCAAUCAGAAAAUAAUUGAAGAUUGAAUGUUUUGACAUUGACAAAAAUGUGCAUCAAGGGGUGCAUGUGUAUUUUAAUUCUUAUUGUUGUGGGCACAGACUUAAGGAUGUUGGGCACCUUGAGAAACUGAGAACCGGUCCGCAGAAUGCCUGCAUCUGACAGAUGCUGUUCCUUUAUUCUUUUUGAUGCCUUUCUGUUGGAGUUUGAGGAGAGGGUUAUUGGAUGGUGGUGACGGAACUUAUUAACAUAACAAAUAUGUGAUCUCUGACCCUUCAUUCCAGUUGUAUGCUAAACAAAACAAAAAACAGUUUCCAUGGAUUGUGUGAUUCCACUUUGCGGUGGAGGGAGGGUGACUAAAAACACAUUUGAAUUAGUAGAGGUACCUAGUUAUUCUCUCAUAGCCCCCCAAAAUGUAGUGGAGCUCACAUGAAUUAAAUCUAUGGAUAUGUACAGUAUACUAUAGAAUCUGGAAUUGGAAGGUGCAGGGGUUGCCAUGGGAGUUGGUAGUGUUUGUUCUAACCUGGUAAUAGUCUAAUUGGAAUUUGGGGAGACUAAACUUGUGCCAAUUUUCUUUGCGGAGCCCGUAUGAGGGAGAGGGUCGAGAUGAGGCCAGCAGGUGAGGAAAACGAUAGUGAUAAUUUGAUCAAUCUGUUGAUUCAGUGAAAAAAAUGUAAAUCAAAUAAUUUAAUUAAUUGAUUAAGGUGGUGUAAAGAAUACCAUGAUUAAUGUGAUCGGGAUAGCUCAUUCGAUUUUGACAAUACAAGCAUUGAUCUUUUAAUAACAGAAGGAGACAUGUAUUCUGCAGCUUAGUGAAGCUUUCAUGUUCAUGCUCAUGCUGGAUCAUUGACUCCCCCUGUGAUCGAAUGCAUUGUUAACCAGCCCGUAACAUUCCUGUUUUGUCUGUCUCCCCAUUCUGUAUCUCUCCUUUUAUUAUAUUAUAUUAUAUUACUGUCCUUCCCUACUUUCUUUGCCAACUCAGACCCAUGUUGACCACUGCUGAGAAGCUGGAGAAGGUCACCCUGAGCGCUGCAGGAGAUGAUAACAAGGACUUCCUUUCCUCCACCUCUACGGUGCCCAGCACCCCAACCCCGAGCCUGACCUCCAAGGACAACAAGCCCCGCUCGCUGCGCUUCACCUGGAGCAUGAAGACCACCUCCUCCAUGGAGCCCAACGAGAUGAUGAAGGAGAUCCGGAAGGUUCUGGACUCGAACAGCUGCGAGUAUGAGCUGCGGGAGCGCUACAUGCUGCUGUGUGUGUCUGGGAAUCCCGCCUGUGACGACUUUGUCCAGUGGGAGAUGGAGGUGUGCAAGCUGCCCCGCCUCUCCCUCAACGGCGUUCGCUUUAAGCGCAUUUCUGGCACGUCCAUCGCCUUCAAGAACAUCGCCUCCAAGGUUGCCAAUGAGCUCAAA